AUCUUGUGUGGAGAAAGAUCCUCUUUUUUUAACACCCUGGCUCUUCCCUGCAUCGAUGGCUGUUACCUCCCAAAACAAGAGGCUGCUUUUAUUCACACAGUCCUUGAGGAAAUCUAUACAUUUCAGAAGAGAAAUGAGCAGAAAAGCGUCCUACUUUUCCCACCUCUUCCGAGUCGACUCCGCUUCUUGAUUCACAAAACCAUAGAGGACUACACCGACCUCAGCACCUUUUCUGUGGGUGGUGCCUGGGCCCGCAGAACCGUUCUCUGCUAUUCUCAUCUCAGGUUACAUUCAGAAGAGGAUUGCAGAGACGCUGAGGACAUUUCCCAUGAGCGACCACACCAUCAGAGCAACAGAAUGGGAGACAGAUUUAACAACCGACCGCCGGAAACCACGUCUAACAACAGAAGAGCAGCCAGACGGCCAGACAAGCCUAUUUACGUCCCACGUGUCUUGCGGCAGAAGGUGUCUGAAAACUCGUCAGAUCUCGAACAACAGAAUCUCAACCCUUUUGGCAACAGUUCAGAGUCAUCCACAAAGGGAACGCCUUUGGCCAAUCAGGAGCAAGAAGUGAACGGCACUGACCAAUCACUGGAUGAUCAGGAAUUUGUGUUGCUUUCGAGCUCUGGGUCUUCAUAUUUUCCUCCUGCUUGGGACCAGACUAUGUCUUUAUUUACAUCCAUGACAUUAGACGACCAAGAAGAUUGUGGCAAUCACACGCUCCAGGAACCUGACAGUGAAGACGAUGAAAAAUUAUACGCUGAGAUCAAAGCCAACCUGAAAGAUGAAGACGUUGUCAUAAAAGAUACCUGUAAUGAUUACUCCGGUUAUGUAACCAUCUGGCUCAACCAAAAUGAGUUUUCCCACGUCAUCGAGAUCUACGACUUUCCCAGCAUGUUUCAAACGGACGACCUCCUCGAUGCUUUUGCAAGCUACAGUGAGGGGGGCAUGAAGAUCAAGUGGAUAGAUAACACUCAUGCACUCGGUAUAUUUUCAAGUCAGUCAGCAGCUACACAGGCGCUCUCCCUUAAGCAUCCGUUACUAAAGGCACGUCCUCUAUCAGAGGGGAGCCAGAAAGCAAAGUGGAAAGCUAACAGACGAGCAGAGUUUAUUCAACCGGUGAAGGAGAGGCCCCGAACAGACACACAAGUGGCUCGCAGGAUGGUGACCAGGGCGUUGGGUUUGAGAGGAGGAUCAAGAGGGCGAGGAGGAUCAAGAGGGCAAAUAUAAAACACCCAUAGGGUUUACAAGUUUUUAGCUUUGACAACAUCCAAUAAAAAAUUAUCUGGGGCUGCUGUUUAUUUUUACUACAAGCUGCGCAUUGUGUAAUAAAUAUGAAUCUGUGGAUAAGCUAUGAAUGUUUUUUGUGGUUAUACAUUAAGUUCCACUUUUAAAUUUACUCUGAAUACAUGGCAUGAGCCUCGAUCGAGCUAUAAUACAAAUAUCAUCCUGAAAUCAUCUAGAAAAGCUAUUUACUGAAAGAACCUGCGGCUCGGCUCUCCACAAACAUUUAUCUUGCCGCGCUGCUUCUUUUUUGGGUGAAUGUCACCUUUAUCUGAACAUCUGAGGGUUUAUGAGUGUGUUCUUGUAAGAAUUUACUUUUUCUUGGAAUUUUUGAAGCAGGAAAUGUGGUCUUGUUUGUUUUAGCCUGCUUGAUUUUCUUACUAACAUGCCUGGCAAUUCUUAGCAUCUUGUCCAACUAUUACAAAUAGACCGUUUCAUAAACAGUGACUCUUAUUUAGUCAUUUUUGUUAUGAUUGGCGUUGCUUCACAGGAAGCUGUUUGAGUUUCUUAGUUACUUUAUGUUGGUAAAGUUUGGCUUUCAAACAUGGUUCAUGUAUGGGCUGUGUAUAUUUUGGAGAUCAGAUAGGAAACAACAUGGCAAUUUUGGCCAUGUUUUAUUUAUUGUGUAAAUGUCAUUUAUUUUGUCUUAAGAGUUGAUUUGUUUAAUUUUAAGAAUGUUUAUUUCUGCACUACAAUGAAGAAAGGAAACGAAAGCAAAAUAGUUAAAAAUGUGGUAAAGUUGUUUUUACCUAAACCUGUUGUUUUUAUAUUUGUAUUAAAAUGUGUGUUUUUUAUUAAA